AACUUCCAUCAAACAACAAAAAACGAGCAGAUAGACAGGGACAAAAGUUGGCAUACUAUCUCUCUUUUUUUCGCCCUCUGUUAUUUUUUUUUCCCUUUUUUUUUGUUUAAAGUUUUCCUUUUUCUCACUUGGCUUAGGCUUGAUUUUAGUUUUUUUUCAAUACCCACCCCGUUUGAGCAAACCCAUGUUGGAUCAAGUCUGAUUAUUGUUGUUAAUUUUGAUCUUCUGAUAUUUCACAUACUAGUGUAUUUUGGGUUUAAUUAUUAUAGAGUAAAGUGCAAUACUAGUAACUACCAUAUUUUGGGUUCGAUUCCAAAUUAAGUGCAAUCCAAUAAUAGUAAUUUGAUGGGCGAUCUUCGGCGGCCACCUACUGGCGGCGGAUCAUCAUCAUCAACAGCAGCAGCCGGAGGAGGGGAAGAGGAAGAGAGACCGGUGCCCUCGCCGUCGACAUCAAUUAUACCAUCGUCCGAUCCGAACCCCUUGUCCAUUUCUGCGAGGCGUUGGGUCAGAGCUGAGAAAGCCACCCAAAACAUUAUCUCUAAGGUUCAGCCCACUGCCGUCUCCGAGGAGAGAAGGAGAGAGGUCAUAGAUUAUGUUCAGAGCUUGAUUAGAAAGCGUCUUGGUUGUGAGGUAUUUCCUUAUGGGUCUGUACCAUUAAAAACUUAUCUUCCUGAUGGAGAUAUUGAUUUAACUGCAUUUGGUGGUACAAAUGCUGAUGAUAUUUUGGUUGAUGAUAUGGUCUCCGUUCUUGAAGGAGAAGAUCAAAAUAAGUCUGCAGAUUUUGUAGUGAAGGACAUCCAACUUAUUCGUGCUGAGGUUAAGCUUGUAAAAUGCAUUGUGCAGAAUAUUGUAGUUGAUAUUUCCUUUAAUCAAAUUGGCGGCCUUUGUACCUUGUGCUUUCUUGAGCUGGUUGAUUCAGUUAUUGGCAAAGAGCAUCUCUUUAACCGUAGCAUUAUACUAAUAAAAGCAUGGUGCUAUUAUGAAAGUCGGAUUCUUGGUGCUCAUCAUGGCUUGAUUUCCACAUAUGCUUUGGAGACGCUGGUCUUGUAUAUCUUCCAUCUCUUCCAUUCAACAUUUAAUGGUCCCUUAGCAGUUUUAUUCAAGUUCUUGGACUACUUUAGCAAGUUUGAUUGGGAAAAUUAUUGCAUCAGUUUGGCCGGUCCUGUCCGCUUAUCCUCAUUGCCAGAACUCGUAGUGGAAGCACCAGAAAAUGGUGGCUGUGAUUUACUUCUCAGCAGUGAUUUUCUUAGAUACUGUACUGAAAUGUUCUCAGUACCUUCAAGAGGAGCUGACUCAAAUUUACGUGUAUUUCAACCAAAGCAUCUUAAUAUUGUUGACCCCCUUAAGGAAAACAAUAAUCUUGGUAGAAGUGUCAGCAAAGGAAAUUUCUACCGGAUACGGAGUGCUUUCACUUAUGGAGCUAGGAAACUUGGGCGAAUACUUCUGCAACCAGAAGAUGACAUUGCUGAAGGGCUUUGUAAAUUUUUCUUCAACACUUUGGAUAGACAUGGAAGUGGAGAGAGACCUGAUGUUCAAGGUCCUCGUUGUAAUUAUAGGUAUAACGGUUAUAGUAGCACAUUAUCCAUUUCAGAGAAUGAUCCAUGUGCAGUGGAGAGGGUUAUUGUGAAACCUACAUCAGAUACAAAUGGAUCAUGUCAUGACAGAGUCAAUGGCCUGAAGUUAUCUGGGCUGGAGACCACGUGUGGCAGAGAAAAUGGAGAGGAAGAGGGCAUCAUUGAAGUACUUCCCUCCAACUUUUGCGACUCUCCUGCAGUUGGGAAUGCUCUGGAUCACCGAAUCUCGGGGGAUGCAAAGGACCUUGCUACCUAUAGAGUUGAUUGCCUCAAAGUUUCAAAUACUUUACCUCAAAUUUCUGAGCUAAUUGAUCGGAAGAGUGUGUCUCCAGCGGGUACACCUCGUCAUUCACCUCGUCUUUUUUGUUCUAGCUCCAUAUUGACUAAUGGGGGAAGGGGAAAUGGAAGUUCAGAUUGGGAAAAGAUAGAAAACUGUAAAAAUAAGGCUUGCCCUGGAGUAUCACACGGACCUGAUGGAGCUAAUAAUCAGUGUGGCCUAGAAGAAAAUUUCAUUGUCAGUGUAGAUGAGGAUCCAGCUACUAUCCAUCUAGCAUCAAAAGAGGCUCUGAGUCCUGAAAAUUUGCAACAUGUUACAAGGGAUUUGGCCUCAGAAAGUGCGAGUAUUGCUGAAUCUUUUAGCUCUUUGUCAGAACUUAAUGGGGAUUUGGACAGUCACUUGAACUGUUUGCAUUAUGGACGUUGGUGUUAUGAAUAUGCUUCGAGUACACCAGCUCUAACUGUGUCCCCACCACCGCCCUCUAUAUUUCAGUGGAAUAAUUCAUGGGAUGCUGUCCAGCACCCUUCACAAUUCAAGCAGAAUAGUUUCUCUCAUAAGAGCGUGAAUGGUGUUAUCCUAAAUCCUCCAUUCUGCACAGUAAAUCCGCUCUUGACUCCUGGUAUGGCUUUUGGCUUGGAAGACAUGCCAAAACCACGAGGAACCGGAACAUACUUUCCGAAUAUGAAUCGACUCCCUCAAGGUUAUAGGCCUUUGGCAGGGAAAGGAAGGAAUCAGGCAUUGCCAAGGUCCCCGUGCAACAAUGGGAGGAACCUGAUGUUUAUGGAGACUAAUAUGGUUGAUCAAAGUAGUCGUGAUCUUUCAAAAAAUCCAGUCUCAGUUGACCAAAGUGGUGCCAAGGUUGGGCCUUCAAAUAUUCAUCAGUCGUAUUCCCCUCGCAGAAAAGGACAUCUUAAUGUUAAUGGUCUAAUCAUGCAAUCUGAGGGUGGUUUCGAAAUUGGGUCAGUUGGGCAUGUACCAGUUGAAGUGCAUCAGCUGGACAGAAGCGGGCAUCACCAACAGAGAUGUCUUAGUUCAUCAGAAAAUUCCGGCCCUCUAUCACCAACUAAGGAGAUGCGCAAGUUGAAACCUGUGUUACAGACAGAGCGUGAUAGGGUUUCAGUCGAGUUAUCAUACCAAUUGAAGGAUGAGGAUGAUUUUCCACCGUUGUCCGUCUGAAUGGGGUCAAAUUGUUACCACAGUAAGGAUAAAUUAUUAGAGGAGCCCGAGCUAUGCAGCAUCUGUGGCUAGUUGCUAUUUGGGGGGUGAUUUAGAAAGUCAAUUUUCUUAAAAGGUGGUUUGUAGAUUCUGAGAAUUAUUUCAUCCAACUAUACUUUUGAUUCAGGUUUUGUUUUCGCCCAGCACAGCUUUGGCUCUUUUGUGACUAAUCAUGACGUUUGACAUCGUGAAAUAUGACGUCAUAACGAGGUUUUAGUUCCAUAUUUUCUAGUUGGGAAUGGCAGAAAUAUUUAGAAACUGCAAGACA